UAUAGUCCAUUAUCUCUCUUUUCCUCUCCCUCAUUACAAAGAUCCUUCGGUUACACUCUCUUUGCCUUCAUUACCUUCAACCUACUACUUAAAAAGCCAUUCAUUCUCUCAAAAUCAAAUAAAUUAACAACCAUGAAAGGAAUAGACAUGUUCUGUUCUUCCCCAGCUUCAACAGCAAUAAUACAUACUACAAUAGAUCAACGUUCCAUGCUACGUCAAAGCAAAAGCACCAAAACCUACGAUCAUGAUAGAAGGAAAAACAAAAAUCAACUUCAUCAAGUUCCUUGUUUAUCUCAAUUACCUAUCAAUCCUAUACCUUUCUUUGAGAAACAUAGAAAGAGUUCAUCUUCAGCAGAUAAACAAAAAAGUACUACUGAUCUCACACGUAGAAAAAGCUCCGUUGAUUCGUCUUCGCAAAGAUAUCUUCUUGAUGAUACGCCGUUCAUCGAUUGGGUAUCUGAAUCCAACAAAAUAUUGGUUCCUCAGCUUAAUGUUAAAGACAUGUCUAAUGAUACAAAAACAUUGAAAAGAAACGAUUCUCAUGCUCUUACUAUUAGCUCCACUUCAUCAGCUAAUUCCUCCAAGGACCAGGUUGUGGUUUUGAGGGUGUCAUUGCACUGCAAAGCCUGUGAAGGAAAAGUCAGAAAACAUAUCUCAAAAAUGCAAGGAGUGAGAUCAUUCAGUAUAGAAAUGGAGAAAAAGAAAGUAACAAUAAUUGGAGACGUGACGCCAUUAGGUGUACUGACAAGUGUAUCCAAGGUGAAAAGUGCACAGCUAUGGCAGUCUACAACAUCAGCAGUAUCAUCAUCUUCUUCUAAGAUACACUAAUUAAACAUGAAUUUCUCUAGUUUGUUUGUGUUUGAUAGUACAAGUACUUUACAGAAUGUGUGUUUGUAGCAUUAGGUAAAUGGUAAGAGUAUGAGUACAAAAAAUGAAGAAUGCGUAAUAAUAGGGUGGGGUCAUGACUUGCACACCUCACUUUCAGUUCCUCUACUUUUGCAAUUUGUAGUAACAUUAGAUAGAAUUUGGUUAAUGUUUGAUGACUUGUCAA